AUGAAAAAGGACAAAAUAAAAGAGCAAAAACAAAACUAUGAAAAUUACCUGAACUUCAAUGAAGAUGCGAAGAAAUGGUUUUACAGUAAAAUCGAAAAAAAUAAAAUGAUACACAUACAAGAAAAAUACGAUUCCUUCCUCAAGUCUUACGAAAACAGAAAGAGGCAUGUCACAGAAAAAUAUAACUUAAAAAAAUACUUAACCAUAAUUCAUAAUUUGAUGCUAUUAUGCUUUAUCACAUUUGAUAUCUUUUCCAUCUUCCUUAACGUGUGUGUGAAAAAUGUGAAGCACUUUUUAAACAACCCUUUCCUGUACAUACACAACGCGAAAAUGGUAAUAAAAAAAAAUGUUUCGCACGGAUUCCAGUUGAUGAAGGCAUACAAGAACCUCCUGUGUGCCGCUGCACUAUUCGUGUUCCGGGAGAAGAAGAAAAUCGCCAAGGAAAUCCAAAACGUCUCCCUCUUCCUCUUCCAGCUUCUGAACUUUUACCUUUUUAAGUAUCUGGAGGUCAUGUACCAGUAUUUUUACUUUAGGUACUGCGACAUUUUCAAGGCCACCAAGUUUUUUAAGGUUUUCGCGUGA